AGGAAUUCCUGCUAUGCGCCGGUGACCGCGAUCUGGUGUUCCAGAUCUGUUGCCUGGCGACGAGUGGCGAUCAACUAACCAGCUGUGAACAACUUGGCGGCAGUUUAUCCGAAGACACACAGCUGUUUGGGUCAUUGUCAGACGUUACUGGCGGUGGAGGAAGCCCUGAUGCUCUGAGUUGGAUCCGUGCCUUUUCUCCACUCUUCACAGGGAUUAACUAGACUAGCUUCCUCUUGCUAAGGGGUUUUACAGAUACGAUUAUGGAUUUGUUCGGGGUGUUGCAUUUGGACGAGCUGUCCCACGGACUGGCAAACUUGUCAAUGUUUCCAUACUUUGACAUGGCGCACUACAUCGUGUCAAUCAUGGCUCUGAGGGAGCAGCCAGGUCCAUUAUAUUUAUCUGAUGACCCUAAGGUGGGGUCCAACCCCUAGGAUGGAAACAACUGGACACAUCUGAAUGGUACUUUUGAUACCUUAAGCGUUCUUGAGGUUUCCAGAGUCAGCCCCUUAGCCUGCUGGUUCAGCUCCAUGCUCUUCUGUUUUGGUGGAGGUGUGCUGUCUGCCUUCAUGCUGGCCGAGCCAGCCGUUGCACCUUUGUCCAACAGCACCAGUGUUCUGCUUGCUUCAAUCACAUGGUACCUAGUGUUUUAUUGCCCCAUGGACCUGGUUUACUGUGGUGCUGCCGUGCUGCCUCUCAGGCUAGUGCUGUCAGGGAUGAAGGAGGUGACCAGGACGUGGAAGGUGCUCGGAGGGGUUACCCAGGCCCACAGUAAAUACAAAGACAGUCUGAUGGUUAUGAUUGCCGUUGGGUGGGCUAAAGGUGCUGGAGGUGGUCUGAUAAGUAACUUUGAGCAGCUUGUUCGAGGCGUAUGGAAACCAGAGACUAAUGAGCUCCUCAAAAUGUCUUACCCCACCAAGAUAACCCUGAUAGGGGCGGUGCUGUUUGCUCUGCAGCAGACCCAUUAUCUGCCUCUCCAGAAGCACCACCUGAUGCUCAUCUACACCACACUCAUCGUCGUCAACAAGUCAAGGAUGAUGCUGACAGGCUCCUCUGCCUCACCGUUCGCUGGCAUUGAGUCGGCCAUCUAUAAGACCCUUUUCACCGGCCACUCCCCUUACGCUGCCCUCACUAGCGAGGAAAAGAAAGUGUGCAUCAAUAACGGCGCAACCAACGGGACGACCUCAACUGCCACAACCGGUGGGAAAAGAGUAGCGGGGAAGAACACCCUGGUUUCUCCUGUCAACGGACAAAGUAGAUUGCUCCAAGCCAAAGAAGAGUCAGAGAACGCAGAGAAAACAAGCUGUAAGAAGAGCAACUAGUCAGCCUCUGCCCCAUAGCAACAUUUCACCUCUAAACAGGGUUAUAAAGUCAUUUCUGAUUCAGAUUGGUUGCUUCAAGACUUAUUUUUUUGUUUUUGUUCCAUCUAAUUCCUGGGAACAAAAAAAAUAAAAAAAUGUAAAUCUGCUGACUCCAAAACUACCCUGCACCUUAUUGUUGGAUAAUCACCCCGUCCUUAAAGUACUGUAAUAUUUUUAUGCUGGAUCGGAAAUUGAUACUAUCCUCGAGCAGAUUUCUCACUUGCAGUAAAAUGUGUAGCUUGAUUUUUUAAAAAUACAUAUUUAUAAUAAUUAAUAAUUUACUUUCUGGGUUUUGGGAACACCUAUGCACCUGCUGAUCUUUGAAUGUGUUCUGCUUUGUGUAAAUGCUGUUUUUCAUACUUUGAAAUUAUUGGAAACAAUUUUUUAAAGAGAGAUUAUAUUCUAUAUAUUCUAUAUUCUAGUCUUCAUACUAAAUAAUUGCACUCUUGAAUGUAUUUGAAAAUGGAUGACAUAUUUUUAUGGUAUGCUGUUUAUUCUGGAAAAUGCUUUGAAUUACACUUGCAAGCAUGAGAAUAAACAGGUUUACAUGCAUUAUAAAA